AUUAAACUUAGCUUGAAAUACUAAAAUGACAAAAUGAAAUUUCAAAAUGAAGACUACAUUGAGAUGAAGUCGAUAGUGAAGAAGAUGACACCCUGAGGAACUAUUCCUAUACACGAAAGUGCUUAUAAUAUCAAAUGAAGACGUAUACUUUUGUCUGUUUAUGGUCAAGCUGAAAUCGCUUGGAUAUCCUCUAGAAUCGUCAUUUACAUAUUAUUAUAUCAUCAACAAAAGGUUCACAGCAAAGAACUUAAAUUAUACGUCUCUUUUUGGCACCAGCUGUUGCCAAAAUUCUAUCACACCCUUAAGUGUGAGUACGAAGAAUACAAAAGUCUUGGGCUUAAAUUUAAAGCUGGCCUUAGAAACUAAUAUUGUGACAACACUAAGUUAGAGAAUGGGAACAAAGCUCAAAAAUGCAUCAAAGAGAGGAAAAUAGGUUCCAUCAUUGAAAAGUCUCUCUGGAGGAAGUUGUACAAUGGCAUCCUGAAUCAUGGUGGGGAAAUUAUUCGCUACUCUUUGGAGGAAGCAGCCAAUUUGGUAGGAGUCUCCAAAAAAAGUCUUGAUGAUUAUAUAUCCUAACUAAUUAAAGGAAGAAAAUAUUGAUUUGAUUUUAUAAAAAGAAAGAUGACAAACUUCGUUC